CGAUCCUACUAACUCUUCGAUCCCAUGGACGCCAACGAUGAGUCGCCGACGCCGCCGCCGCCGCACCGGAGAGUGUGGGUCAGGGAACGGUCCUGUGAUUGGUGGGACCGCCACAACUCCCCGGAGCUCCCGGAGGCAGAGUUCCGGCGCGCCUUCCGCAUGUCCCGCGCCACCUUCGACUUCCUCUGCGACGCCCUCGGCUCCGCCGUCGCGAAGGAGGACACGGCGCUCCGCGCCGCCAUCCCGGUCCGCCAGCGAGUCGCCGUGUGCGUGUGGCGCCUCGCCACCGGCGAGUCGCUCCGCCUCGUCUCGCGCCGCUUCGGCCUCGGCAUCUCCACCUGCCACAAGCUCGUCGUCGAAGUGUGCACCGCCAUCCGCGUGGUGCUGAUGCAGGGGAUGCUAGCGUGGCCCGACCCGGCGCGCGGGGCGGAGGCCGUGGGAAGGUUCGAGACGAUUUCCGGAGGGAUCUCCGGCGUCGUGGGGUCGAUGUACACCACCCACAUCCCCGUGACGGCGCCGCGGGAGAACGCGGCCGCCUACUUCAACCGCCGCCUCACGGAACGGAACCAGAGGACGAGCUACACCGUGACGCUGCAGGGGGUGGUGGACCCCGACGGCAUCUUCACCGACGUAUUCAUCGGGUGGCCGGGAUCAAUGGCCGACGAACAGGUGCUGGAGAAUUCGGCGCUGUACCAGCGCGGGAACGGAGGGAUGCUCGGCGGCGCCUACUGGAUCGUAGGCGGCGCAAGCUACCCGCUUCUUGAUUGGCUGCUGGUGCCGUACGUCCAGGGGAACCUGACGUGGGUCCAGCACACGUUCAACGAGAGGGCCGCGGCGAUGACUGCGGUGGCGAGGGAGGCGUUCCGGCGGCUGAAGGGGCGGUGGGGGUGCCUUCGGCAGAGGACGGAGGUGAAGCUGCAGGACCUGCCGCUGGUGAUCGGCGCCUGCUGCGUGCUGCACAACCUGUGCGAGAUGACGCGGGAGGAGAUGGGGGAGGAGCUGCUCGGGUUCCCGCUGGAGGACUACGAUAUGCUGAGCGUGAGCGGCGUCAGGUCCGCCGGCGCAGCGCAGGCGAGAGAUGCCAUUGCUCACAGCCUCUUCCAUGGAACAGCUCCGCCGUAAGCUCUAUCUAUUGAAAGUACGAUCGGCAGUCGGCACGGUUUGAUUGGUUUUGUAAUUUACGUGCUAAUUUUUUUUUUUGUGGGUCGAAUAAUUUAUGUACUUUUUUUUAGCACGUAUAAUUCUUAAUAAUGCCACGGUCAAUCUUUCGCUAGAUUGUAAUGAUGAUUCAGCCAUAAUCAAUUAUGAUCCUCUUAAAAUUCAUCA